GAACAUGCAUGGCAGUGCAGUAUCUUCAUGUGACAUGAGCCACAUGUAACUCAUUUACCUUUGAGACUGGAGUUUGAACUCAGAUGCGUAAGGAAUCCUUUAGAUGGACAUUCAGUCUGCCUGCAAAUAGGACUACUGUUGCCCCUCUUGAGCAUGGGAACCAUGCCAUUGCAUCGUGUGUGUGGAAUACUUGUAUUCCUCAGUGUUUGUCUGAUUUCUUUCACACCGUCUUGCGGUGGAGGAAAUAUUCUGGUGUAUCCUGUAGAUGGCAGCCACUGGGUCAAUAUGAAGAUCCUGCUAGAAGAACUUCAUGCCAGGGGACACAACAUCACUGUGAUCAGGGCAUCCACCAGCUGGUACAUCCCAGAAAAGUCUCCUCUCUACACAUCCAUUACCAUCAAAAUGAAUGAAGGAUUAGAGGAUUUCUUUGAGGUGUACCUAGAGGAGCAUAUGAGGGCGCAGAGAGAGGGGGCUUCAGCACUUACUUUCUUCAAACUCACCAAGGAUUUCCUUUCAAUGAUUUCUAGGGCCCAUUCAGUGUCCCUUCAAGUCUUUGAUGAUGAAAAGGUGAUCAAAACCUUCAUGGAUUCCCAAUAUGAUCUUGUUCUCACUGACCCAGCCAUAGCAGCAGGGGUUGUAUUAGCCAAGUAUCUAAAACUGCCCAUGGUGCUCAAUGUUCGCUGGAUCACCAGCGGAGAAGGCCACUUUGCGAUAGCCCCCUCACCGCUCUCUUACAUCCCAGUGCCAGGGUCAGGCUUAACGGACAAAAUGAAUUUCAUCCAGAGGAUCAAGAACAUUUUUUUCUACAGCAUUGUAGUGUUCCAGCAGAAAUUCAUGGUGGGACCAAGCUAUGAUGCCAUCUGUGAUAAAUAUAUCAAGGGUGGAUGUGACAUCAUCUCGCUACUUCAGGAGGCAGACAUUUGGCUGUUCAGGUCAGAUUUUGUGUUUGACUUCCCUCGGCCCACAAUGCCGAAUGUUAUCUACAUAGGAGGGUUCCAGUGCAAACCAGCCCAACCUCUGCCAGCAGACCUGGAGGACUUUGUUCAGAGUGCUGGGCAGCACGGAGUCAUCAUCAUGACUCUGGGCACUUUGGUCAACGCUUUGCCCAAAGAGGUAGCUGAUGAAAUUGCCAGCGUCUUUGCCAAGAUGCCUCAGAAGGUGAUAUGGAGGCACAAAGGGGAGCGUCCCUCUACUUUGGGCAAAAACACCCUGAUAGUGGACUGGAUGCCACAGAAGGACCUCCUGGGCCACCCACAGACCAAAGUCUUUGUUGCUCAUGGAGGAACCAACGGAGUCCAGGAGGCCAUUUAUUACGGGGUCCCUGUGCUUGGCAUACCCUUGUUCUUUGACCAGUAUGACAACCUUCUACGUCUGCAGGAGAGAGGAGCAGCAAAGAUCAUUCAGCUGGGUGACGUUAGUGGCCACAGUUUUGAGCGAGGUAUUAAUGAAGUGCUCCAUCAAGAAAGCUACAGACAGAACAUGCAAAGACUGUCACGUUUGCACAGAGAUCAGCCAAUGGCACCCAUGGAUCGGGCCAUCUACUGGGUGGAGUAUGUGAUGCGCCAUAAAGGGGCUCCUCACCUGCGUACAGAGGCCUAUAAGAUGCCAUGGUACUCAUACUACUGUUUUGAUGUACUGCUACUAUUGCUGACUGCAACGACUGUACUGCUGUUUUCUACUUUGGCUGUUUUCAGGUUCCUAUGCUGCAGAGGUAGAAGAAAGACCAAAACCAAGCAACACUGAUUAUGGUCAAAUUUGUUUAGAAAUGUUCUGCACUGAGUUCUCUAAAGCAUUACAUUUAGACAAAACCAUACAUACAUAUCUUAAGGUCAUCUCAUUUGUAUAUAUUUAUUGUUUAUGAAGUCAAUUGAUUUAGCCAUAACAAUUAUAAAUACAGUAUGCAAAAUAUUUUCUGUUUCAAAAUUAAUUGCCAGAUGUAUUUGAACAACUGUAAAAUAUCCAUAAAUCUAUAGUUUUACAUCCACUGUAAUAAUAAGAUACGGAGCCACUGACUCAAUGCACAGACACUGAUCAUGGUCAUGAUCUUUAAAGUUGUUGCCAUCAAUUUCCGAUACAACAGAACUCUGAGCACUUUCUAUCUUUCGGUUUUUUUAAUACACUGUUUGAGACUCCUGAUCUUACUGAUGAGGAAAGCAAAUCUUUGAAAAUGCUCCAAGCUACAAAGGCAGUGACGGGAUUUAUGAGGGCUAGAAUAACAUUAAGUAUAACAUUCAAAAGAAAUGGAUGAAGAAAAAAUAAGGAGAGAGAAGAUUUGUGCAUCUUGCUGUAGGUUUGAAUUCCUAAUGUGUGUAUAGGAGUAGUGUGAUGUGUGUACAGUCACCUAUAAUGUUAAAGUCCCAUUCAAAUUAGUAAAACGGAAAAGUGUAAAUCACAUUUUAAUGACGUGGAAAAACAGACCAAGCUGAUUCAUGUAAAUCAGUCUGUUUUAUUUAAACAAACACAAAUCUAAUUGGAAUUGGUCCAACAACUUACUUAAGAUGACAUUAAUGCAAUUGCUGAAUGCCUUUAUCAUGUGGUGUAGACAGUCCAGUUUUCCCUUUAUAAGUCAGAUUCAGCACUUCCAAACUUCAGAGAGAUCACACACCUCCGUUGUGUUGCAGAAACGUGUCCUCCUGGCAGAUGAACUGCAUUGUUUCAGAAAAAAAUAUACUCUCACGGUCAAGGACAAAGCUUCAAAUUCAGCAUUAACUGCACCCUACUUGUGUGGAAAUCCACGUAAUUCUGAAAAGCUGCUCACUGCACAACUUAAAAAUAAUUUUUGCCCUGAGGCACCAGUCGAGACAUAGGGUCAGACACCCUAACAUCUGCUGUAGGAACAGCCAACAUGCAGACAUAAAACAGGUGCUGUGCAUGUCCCUGUCUCAUCACUGGUAUCAGCAACUGUGACAGUGAGGGCACAACCUUUCUCCCUUUGUGUCCUCAUAUCCCUCCCUCGAUCAGUUUUCAAUUCCGGCUCUUUUCCUGUCUUUCUCCCACCCUGCCUCCAUCUGUGAUUUUCACCCCCUGUCUGACUGGAAAAUCAUGGUGUGAUCAUGAUUUGUAUUGGAUGAUGUCACUGUGCAUGUUCUGUGUUAGAGACGCUUGUUAGUCAAGGCUGGACUGUGAAUACAGGGAAAGCAGAUCCCUACAUUUGAUUAAAUGCUUUUAAAAGUUUUAUUAAAUAUUUUGAGUUUACUUUCACCAAUGCCUAGAUUCUAAACAAUAAAGGUCAAAUAAAAACUAGACAACUGCCAAAUAAUAAAGGAAUGACAAAAAACAA